AUGGUCCUCAAGGCCGUGUUGUCCUUAUCUGCGCGACACGAUGCGAUCAUGUCGGGUUCAAGUGAUGUAGAAGCGUCUGAAUAUCACGGGCAAUGUCUAGAACUGUUAAUUGCAGUGCUCGCUCAACCAGAAGGAUAUGACGACAAUCUCCUGAUCACCGUAGUGAUCCUGCGGUUCUACGAGGAACUGGAAAACAUCACAGACGAAAAGUACCACCUUUUAGGAUCCAACCGGCUCCUCAAUACCAUGUCCAAGUCUGCUUCGUCCGGUGGCCUGGCUGAAGCCGUUAGCUGGCAGUUCCUGCGACAGGCCAUAUACGCCUCGGUCGUGCAGUAUCAGCCGAUGUCGCUGGAUCUAGAGAACUAUGAGCACUCAACCGUGUUUCAGCGCAGUGAUGACGCAGCAUACGCAAACGUGAUUAUCUUUCUCUGCGCCCGUGUCAUUCAGCUCUGCGCAAGAACGGACACAGAGGUCAUGGAUGAAGCCGCCUGGCAUCAGAUUGCUCACAGCGUGGAACACUGGCAUCGCGCGAGGCCGAUCUCAUGGCAGCCGUUGCGAUAUAGAUCAGCUGAUCCAGCAGAGAACCGACCAUUUCCAGAACUAUGGAUGAUGUCGCCGCCGGCAGUGGUGGGAUUGCAAUACUACCAUGCAUCGUGCAUAUUCCUGACCUCGUCGGACGGACACUGGCAAACGGUCAGCGACUACGAGCUAGCACGCUUGCGUCGAGUUGACGAGGUAAGUAUAGUCAGUGCUACUUCGGUCACCCCGACUGACAGUAUAGAAAACAAUCGCAUCACAUUUGGUUAUGGUGAUCGGCCUUGCCCUGUCGAACGAAACGGUCGAAAACGCAUUCUUCAUGGCGUGCCACUUGGUACAUCGAUGUAA